AUAAAAUAGUAGAAGUGGUAUUUUAAUUAAUUAAUUAUCACAGAUCAAUUUUCAUGAAUGCCCCCCCGACUAUAAAUAGGGUAUAAUUUGUGGGUGGCCUUCUCAUCUUCAUCUUCAUCUUCAUCUUCUUCUGUCUUCACUGUCAUCUUCUUCCUCCUCCAAAUUUAACUAGCUAGGCAAUAAUAAUAUCAAUAAUACUCCAGAGGACGCCUGCACAAGCUCAGUUUGCUUGGUUGCUUCGCCAUUUUUACUUGUUGGCGUUGUUGAGGAUUGCUAAAUUAAGAUCAAGAACAAGAUCAGUAAAUUAGCAGUACUAUAUAGCUACUGCUAAUUAAUUAAAUGGGAGGAGGAAGCUCGCCGUGUGCUUCAUGCAAGCUGCUGCGACGGCGGUGCGCCAAAGACUGCAUCUUCGCACCAUACUUCCCUCCCGACGAUCCUCACAAGUUCGCCAUGGUUCACAAGGUCUUCGGCGCCAGCAAUGUCAGCAAGAUGCUGCAGGAGCUUCCGGUGCAGCAGCGGGCAGACGCAGUGAGCAGCUUAGUGUACGAAGCCAACGCAAGAAUGAGGGACCCCGUCUACGGCUGCGUCGGCGCCAUUUCUUAUCUGCAAAACCAAGUUUCCCAGCUCCAGAUGCAGCUUGCCGUAGCUCAAGCUGAGAUACUUUGCAUUCAAAUGAACCAAGAUCAAGAACAAGAUCCCAACAUUAAUAUUAAUCCGGUGGCCGACAUCGUCCUGCCGCCGGACUACCAUGACCAGAAAUCAUCGCCAUCGUCGUCCUUUCUGUUGGCUACCAAUAACUUCAAUAACCUCCAACAGUAUCUGGGAAUGGGAGGAGGCACCAUUAUAGCUUCCACAUCCUCUAAUUCCUCAUCAAAUGUAAUGCAGCAUCAGCAGCAGGAUCCUCUCAAAAGAGAAUCCCUUUGGACUUAAUUUUGAGUUCAUUAAUUAAUGCUAAUUAUAAUUAAUAACCAUUCUCAUGAUCUUAGCAAUAUAUAUAUAUAUAUAUAUAACUCUUAAU